GCAAACAAUGCGAGUUUGAAGAGUUGGUUGUUUUGUUUCAGUUUUCAGCUAGGAUUGAAUUUAUCUUGUGAAUCAAUUUUUGAUUAAGGGUAAAUAAAAAAAAAAAGUUUUUGUGUUAUUGUAAAUACCGGUGAAUAUAAAACAAUCGUUGGACAAUAUUGAAACAUUUUUGCAGUGAAACAAAAAAACACGGCUGGUUUAAGUUUGUGGAAAAUAACGAUGAUAGCGGAACGAUCGAUGAAGUGUCAGUUUUUCCUAUUCACGGUGCUGGUGUCCCUGGAUGUGAUCAGCAGUCAGCGUACGACGGGUGGCACUGGUAGCGCUGGAAACCAGGCUCGAUUGUUCCAACCAGCAGGCCAGGCUCAGGCGGCAGUGGCUGUCGAUGAGCGUGGUCCUGAACCGGGUGGAUCACAGACAAGUGAUGGCGGACGUUCCGCUGAAGCGGGACGGUCCCUGAGAAGCAGCUAUUAUUCCGGUUCGCCCAACGAGAGACUUUUCGACUUUGGGUUGCUCGGAAAACCGUACUAUGGCAACAGGGGCUAUUACCCGAGUGGAGGUUAUUAUCCACAAACCGGAGGCUACUAUCCACAAACCGGAGGGUAUUAUCCACAGGGAGGGUACUACCCACAAGGAGGCUUCUAUCCACAGAGCAGCAAUCCGGGCUACUAUCCUGGAACGAACACCCUCGGAGGUGGUAAUCCUUAUGUAGGCGGUGGUGUCGGCGGAGGCACCGUUUACGGUGGAUACGGAAGCUACGGUGGGUACGGCGGCUACGGCGGUUACGGAGGUAAUGGAGGACUACAGUCGUAUCUUGGCUACAACAGUGGUAAUUAUUUCGGUACACGUAAUCUGGGCUACGGCUACUACUCCGGUACUAAUCCGGCCGGAAUAUCGAGCGCGAGUCUGGUGAGCGGCUACCGAGGUUACAACUGAACUGCUCUGUGACGUUUCGUGUGAAUACUAUGUGCUUUUGUGAACGUGAACCAUCGUUGAAAACGUGUGCUAAAUGUGAUAACUCCUAUGUAUGUAACACCACCAACACCAAAGCGGCUUGGAUUCAGUUCCAAAGAAAUAAUUUAUUGUGCUUCAUUUUACCCAAA